AUGUCACUGUUGUGUGGGAAGGCCAGAAACGGGUUGUAUUUAGAACUUCUCAAGGCCAACUCCAUUAUUGUGCACCCUGGCCCCACAGACAAAGUUGCAUUACCCGAUCACGAAUCCCCCCUAGCUACUGAUGUCGCAAUGAAUUCCACUGAUGACGGUUACUACGCCCUUGGCGAGCUUGAGUCCGACGAGGGCACCGAUGGCGGUGCAACAGAAGACGAGGACAAUGACAAUGAACUAUCCCGUGGUCUAUGCUCAUCCGACUCGACACUACCUAAUGCCCAGCAUUCGUGGUCCAACAACACAUCUCCAGCCACCGAUCUCCCAACUACUUCCAUAUGUGCAGCUCUUCACGCUCGCGCGCACGUACUGCUCGAAGUAACCUCCACACAUAGCAACAAAUUUUCCCUCACUCGUUUGUUCAAAGGCGACACGCUCCUCGACGUCAACCACUCUACCCCUGAAUCCAAACCAAACAUCCAGCAAACAGACGACGAGCGCUUCGAACCCGACAGUGACCUGAAUGCGGAUCAAUCAGACGAAGAUCAAUCAGAUGCAGACGACGAUGGCAAGCUGAUGACACCCAUGGACCUCGAUUCACCAUCUGACCUCGCAGACCUGCUUGCCCGCAUUGUCCAAUGCAGUGUUCACAUCGAUCCCGUCUUCCAUCUGACUAUUUGUCUGGACUGCGCCAUUGCCAUCCCAUGGCACAAAAUGUGGGGCCAUCGUCGCAGGCAUCAUAAAAAGGCAUAUCUUCUGCCCAAAAAUCACUUUAACACCAUCCUUGAUCGAUUAGAAGCUCAUACACCAAAUCACAUCCCAAAUGCCCCAGUAUUCGCCAUUGACGGCAUGAAAAUCAUCCCAGGUCUUUUCAAAUGUACUGUGUCGGGCUGCACAAGCCACACUCUCUUUAAAACCAAAAAACGCUUUCACAGCCACUGUGUGCAGGAACACGACAGUCUUCCAUUGUCACGUUGCGCGCACAAUCGAACCAUCGGUCACCAGAUUGGGAUGUUUAGAGGCGAUUUGCGCUAUUUUGAAGUCGACCCGCUUUCUCUCGGAUCCGAAACAGAUGCCCUAAGGGAAGUCCAGGCUUUUGUCACUGAACGCGGUCUCCAUGCAAAAGAAACUACUUACCACCGCCCGUCGAAUCAGAGACCAAGAGGUCCCCUUCUUGCUCAAACUAACUGGGAACACUGUAUUGAGAACGUAGACCUCAAGACCCUCAGGCAAACUGUGUCUAACCCUGAUGGCGAGCCAGAUUUUCUGUACCUCAUCGAGGUCACGCGACAAUAUUACCGGAACAUCGCAGCCAACCUCGGUCUCCAUCAGGUGAAUUGGAGAAAGCGCCAUUUCAACGCCCCCAAGAAGAUCCAACUUGAAAAAUACGGCACCUUUCUCGCCAAAUUCAUCAUCUUCCUCAUUCGUCAUCUCUACCGCCCCGUUGAAAACUUCGAUGUUCCUUUACAUCCGCAACAUACCGCCAACCUCACCACACUUCAUGCCCAAUUGCGAACCGCGCUCUCCAAACGCUCACCCGCCAUCGACUUACUUUCUAUCAACUCAGUACAUGAAGUUAUAUUCUCCCUCCUCACUCAUGUCAGUCCAGAGUUCUUGAAAAAUGAGAUGAAAGACCUAUUCACGCUAUUCCUCAUCACCUAUCACCUCUCUGACGAUUUUGGGAAUACCAAUCGCGUAUGCCAAGUACCCCCCACAAUCAGCGAGGCCCAGUGGUGCUUCAGGGCAACGGCUGGUGCGGAGAUUUAUAUGAAAAUGGGGCAAUUCAAUGACAACUCAUUCGAGCAUGUAUUCACCGUCUCCACGACUUAUCUUGCUCUCAUCCGCCCUUAUCUUAUCGACGGCAACCAGACGCUGUUUACCUGCCUCCGCCAAAAGAUGGCAUUUCUGUCGACCCUAUCUUACACAGAACCUGGCCUUCCAAGGUUCGGGUGGAACACCGAAAUGACUGUUCUGUCCAUUGACGGGUUUGCACUUCCGCUCAACAAAUUCAGGGCCUCGAUUGAAUCAUCCCUCCUUGAUAUGAAGGAGAUGAUGGACUCCUUGUUCCGCGGUUGUCCAUGGCAAGACAUCCUGCAUUACAUCGACCAACGCACCGAUCCUACUGACUUGGAUAAGUGGUUCCUAGACCGACCCCAGCAAUCAGAUCAAAACACUUCGAUAUUCAACUUUCAGGAGAACGGGUUCGAUAUUUACAAAGAUCGCCUUCUCAACCACCUUGCGAAACACCCCUCAUUCUUUUCCAAAAUACAAGGCAUUCGCAAACCCCACCAAGGUAACAUAUGGGAAUGGAUCGCAAUCCUUAACGAACUUGUAUCCUCCAUGUUUUAUUGCGUGGUAUCUACCUGGGGCGGAGGCGCGCACGGCACUAAAUGCAACCACUUGAAAUUUCGAAUCGAUGGUCAGGGUCAGAGACAACUUUUCAUACUCAACGGUCUUUUGACGAUUUCUACAACCUACGUGAAGACUGCCAGCAUUCAGGGUCAUGGACACCUCAUAGCGCGUGUCCAUGCCACGCCGCAUCAAGACUUCUGUUGGUCGUACUGGGGGUUAUCUAUCCCGAGACAACUUUUCAUACUCAACGGUCUUUUGACGAUUUCUACAACCUACGUGAAGACUGCCAGCAUUCAGGGUCAUGGACACCUCAUAGCGCGUUGUCCAUGCCACGCCGCAUCAAGACUUCUGUUGGUCAUACUGGGGGUUAUCUAUCCCGCAGCAGCAGCUUUAGCCACAUAUGUGAUGCCGGUCCCCAAAGCGCAGGCAUACCUUUCAUAUAUUUUUGUCCAGGAUCGCUCACCCAUGGAUACCCAUCAGUUUUCCCAGUCUCUAACCAACAUCACGCUGCGUUAUCUCGGGCGAGGGAUAGGGAUCAGAGAUUGGAGACAAGUCAUGAGUACUAUGCUCAUCAAUAUCUCUAAGGCAGAUUUUGGCAUUUUGGACGUGGAAGAUGGAGAGCUUCUAGCCAUUCAUCAAGCGUUCAGUCAUUCUCAAGCGGUUGGCGAGGCACACUACUCUCUGCAGACUACCAACGUGCUUACCCAAAUAUCUCACACCGCGGUGACGUCGAUGCAAAGGGUCAGCAAACAUUGGCACGCCACAAUCGGACAACACGAGAACUGUACCAAACUAGAAAGUCAGCAAUCAACAGGCGACACUCACGCACAAUUAUACGAUCGCCUUCUGGAACCUCUCAAAACCACUGUCUACAAUGCUGCGCACCAGGCCAUCAUGUCAAUGGGUGUCGAAAUCAUAGACGAACUCAGAAACAUUGCGACUGGAAUGGGCAACGGCAUUCUCAGAGGGCUCCAGGACAUGUUUGGCCAUUACAUUGGCGUCAACCCUGCUGCUUCCAUUGGCGUAUCUAAAAUGAUAUCAUCGCCCCACCUCGCUGUCGACCCCAACCUCUUAGACACCUUACGGCCACUUUUUCUCGGAAAUCCCAGCCCUUCAUUCACCUCUUCAUACCAGGCAGAGCUCGUGCAGAGCUGUUUAACCAAUGAGCAUGUUCUGGGUGUCUUGCCCACCGGUAGUGGCAAGAGUCUAGCAUUUUUUGCGGCUCCAUUGAUUCACCCUCACGCACUCUUCAUAGUUAUAACACCCCUCGUGGCAGUUGACAGAGGAUAUGGCACGACGGUUGACCACUACACGCAGGGACAGACAAUUUCUUUCAGUUGGGCGCAAUCUGUCAAACAAAGGCUCAUGCGUGUCUUCAUCGACGAAGCUCAUCACAUUUUCACCUCAGACGACUACCACAACUGUUUCAAACUUUUUCACCUCAUCACUGCCUUGACUAAACCCAUAACAUUCCUCACAGCCACAAUAUCCCCUAUCUCUUUACCCAGAUUGUGCUCCCAGAUGCAGAUCCCACCAUCGCUCGUACACGUCAUACAAGCCCCGCUUCACCGAAGUAACAUCAGCUACUCCGUUAUCUCGGAGAAAGAUAGGGGCAUCAUAUAUUGCACCACCAUCGCACUCAUCAAGGAACUAUCUGAAUUCCUCGACAUUCCGUACUACAUGAGCAGACUCGACGACCAGCUCGACGACUCUACCAAUACAGAGGAGAAGAACAGGAGGUUCAACGCCUGGCGCGAUGGCGAUACACCUUCCCAAAGAUGGAUGAUCGCGACCUUGUGCUUCGGCGAGGGGAUUGAUUUUCUGGGAGUUCGCUACAUCAUCCACAUUGAAGUGAAUAACAUGCUCCGUUUCCUCCAGGAGACUGGGCGCCUUGGCCGAGAUGGCCACCCUUCCUCUUCCAUUCUUAUUUACAGCAAACUUCCAUUCUAUCAGGAACCCGAGCAUGACGAGCACCUCGGUGUUCUUCCAAUGAGAGAAUUCAUGAAGACACAGGGAUGCCGACGCCUAACUUUCCAUCACUUUGAUCCCCAUGCUCACUCGUGCACAUCAGCAACUGGCACUUUGUUAUGCGACAACUGCGAGUGUCUGAAAAAAUCCAAAGGUGUCAUCAGACAAACACUUUGGCUACCCCAAGACAUAUCCUCGCAUACACUGCGCAUCGACAGGACAUCCCAUCAGGUGUCACCCUCCCCUCAUCUACGCAAACUGCCUUCCUCUGUCAAAUCCGUCACGGCUGACAUCAAUACCAAAUAUGCCACGGGAUUGAGAGAACUAAGGGUCCUGAAGCAUAUCCUGGACACAAUAAAGACAAUCGGAUGCGUAUACUGUUGGGUCAGUGGUGAACAUCGAGUGGGCCCACACUCUCAUCGCGAAGUCACCCCUUCUCUCCAUAGCAAGGUCAUAUCGCUUCUACCACCCGUCAAACGCGAGGACACCACAUACUGGGCGUACUGUUACAAGUGCUGGGUACCCUUUCGAGAACCUUGCAUGCACCCUACUCUACAUUCAGGAUCUCUGAGCAAUCACUUGUCAUGCCCUUAUGGCGCCCAAUUCCCAUUCAUCCUCCCUACAGUCGUAGCGGUCAUUCGCGAGAGCAAGGUUAUCGAUGGCGGCCGACCCACAAACCCCUAUCUACAAAAGAUAGCAACGAGACUUGCUGUUGAUCCCACUCACUUUGCCUCCAUUAGAUCAUUACAAGCGUGGAUCAAGCACGAACCCAAGGACGCAGACGAGAUUCCACAAUGUCACUCUUUCGUGAUCGCAUUUUACAGAGAAUUUCGAACUAUUCCACCAGAUCAAUUGGAUGACGUUCACAUGGAGGAUGUACAACCCGAUAUUACUGAUGAUGUCGAGAUGGCCAACACUUGA